AUGAGCGCAGCGACGGACGAUGUGUCGAAGCUGCCGCGCGAUGUCAUUGACGUGGAUGUGUUUGAACAGCUUCUAGACAUGGACGAAGAUGGACGAGAGUUCAGCCAGAGCCUUGUGUGGAACUACUUUGAGCAAGCUGAGCAGACGUUUGUCAAGAUGGAAGAAGCCCUCGCUGCGAAAUCGCUGGACGAUAUGUCGACGCUGGGCCACUUUCUGAAAGGGUCCUCGGCAGCUGUGGGCGUGAUCAAAGUCCGGGACAGCUGUGAAUACAUACAGCACUACGGCAAGUGCCAUGAUACCGAUGGUGUCACGGAGCUGCAGCCGGACGAUGUACUCAACCGCCUCAGGCAGGUGAUGGACAAUGUCAAAGAACAGUAUGAGGAGGCGCGGUCUGUCCUGCGCACAUUUUUUGGCGUCUAA